AUGAAUGACCUCGACUUCAAUCAGGACAAAGAAAUCGCGAGGGAUUUCCUCACAAAUUUUGCGGAUCCGAACGGCGAGUCCAAAUAUAUGAAUAUCCUUCAAGAUGUAGCGAAUAGAAAGACUAAGGCCGUCCAGAUCGAGCUCGAAGACUUAAUCAAUUACAAGGACGUGGAUGAUGAAUUCUUGAGGCGUGUCACCGAAAAUGCUCGGCGUUACAUUGGCGUAUUUUCGGAGGCAAUUGAUGAAGUACUGCCUCAGCCAACAGAGGUUCUUCUGGAUGACGACCAUGAUAUUUUGAUGACCCAGAGGGCUGAGGAAGCGACCGAGAGUUCUGGUGGCUCUGAUCCACAAAAGAGGAUGCCUUCCGAGAUCAAGAGAUACUAUGAAGUUUAUAUCAAAGCAUCUUCAAAAGGGCGGCCUUUCACAAUUAGGGAGGUCAAGGCUUCGUAUAUUGGGCACCUUGUGAGGAUAUCGGGCAUUGUGACACGUUGCUCAGAUGUUAAACCGCUAAUGCAGGUGGCUGUCUAUACAUGUGAAACGUGUGGAUUUGAGAUCUAUCAGGAAGUAACUGCUCGAGUGUACAUGCCACUUUUUGAUUGCCCAUCUGAACAGUGCAAACUGAAUCAUGCCAAAGGGAACCUUAAUCCCCAACUCAGAGCAUCUAAAUUUUUGAAGUUUCAGGAGGCCAAAGUUCAAGAACUGGCUGAGCAUGUUCCUAAAGGUCACAUUCCUCGAACGAUGACUGUUCAUUUCAGGGGGGAGCUCACAAGGAAGGUAUCUCCUGGAGAUAUUGUUGAGCUAUCAGGGAUAUUUCUUCCAAUCCCAUACACUGGAUUUAGGGCGAUGCGAGCUGGCCUAAUUGCAGACACGUACCUAGAGGCCAUGUCUGUCUCUCAUUUCAAGAAAAAAUAUGAAGAAUACGAACUUGGAGGGGAUGAGGAGGAGCAAAUUGCCCGUUUAGCUGAGGAUGGUGAUAUCUACAACAAAUUGGCUCGCUCACUGGCCCCAGAAAUUUUUGGUCAUGAAGAUGUGAAAAAAGCUCUUCUUCUUCUCCUAGUUGGUGCUCCUCACCGGAAGUUAAAAGAUGGGAUGAAGAUUAGAGGAGAUCUACACAUAUGCUUGAUGGGUGAUCCAGGUGUUGCAAAAAGCCAGCUUCUCAAACACAUAAUCAACGUUGCACCAAGAGGUGUGUACACAACUGGGAAAGGAAGCAGUGGAGUUGGUCUGACCGCAGCUGUUCAGAAGGAUCCAGUGACGAAUGAGUUUGUUCUGGAAGGAGGGGCCUUGGUUCUCGCAGAUAUGGGUAUUUGCGCCAUUGAUGAGUUUGACAAAAUGGACGAAUCGGACCGUACGUCUAUACACGAGGUCAUGGAGCAGCAAACUGUUAGCAUUGCUAAAGCUGGUAUCACUACAUCUCUAAAUGCAAGGACUGCUGUUCUCGCUGCUGCUAAUCCUGCAUGGGGGAGAUAUGAUCUGAGAAGAACACCUGCCGAGAACAUUAAUCUGCCUCCCGCUCUUCUGUCAAGGUUUGAUCUCUUAUGGUUGAUCCUGGACCGAGCAGAUAUGGACACCGAUCUUGAGAUGGCAAGGCAUGUUCUGCACGUUCACCAGGCAAAGGAAUCUCCGGACCUAGGGUUUACUCCUCUCGAACCUUCAGUUCUUAGGGCAUACAUUUCUGCUGCAAGAAAGUUGUCUCCAGCUGUACCAAGAGACCUGGAGGAAUACAUAGCAAGCGCUUAUUCUAGUAUCAGGCAAGAAGAGGCGAAAUCAAAAACCCCCCACUCUUACACAACUGUCAGAACAUUACUCAGCAUUCUAAGGAUAUCAGCAGCUUUGGCUAGACUCAGAUUCUCCGAGUAUGUUGCUCAAAGUGAUGUGGACGAGGCACUUAGAUUGAUGCAAAUGUCAAAAUUCUCUUUGUAUUCGGAUGAUCGUCAAAGAUCAGGCCUAGAUGCAAUUUCCGACAUUUAUUCAAUAUUGCGAGAUGAGGCUGCCAGAACCAACAAGGUGGAUGUUACUUAUGCCCAUGCUCUCAACUGGAUUUCGCGAAAGGGAUACAGCGAAGCUCAGUUGAAAGAAUGCUUGGAGGAAUAUGCAGCCUUGAAUGUGUGGCAGAUUCAUCCUAAUACAUUCGAUAUCCGUUUCAUAGAUGCUUAA